GGCAUUGAGGCCAUGAAAGAAUGAAAGAAUUCCUCACAUGAACAAGUUUUAUGUUUUAGUUUUAAUUUCUGGCAUGACUAUAACAUCCUCGUGAUGCAUCUCUUGCUUUAUGAUCAAAAUUUCCGAUACUAAUCAAGUUGGGUUUCGGGUAUGUCAAGAGUCCGCAACGUUUUGCGUGGCUUCGGUGUGAAAAACUUCGUAUUCAUGUUCGCCAUUUUUCCAAUGUUCAUCUUUGGAAUCUAUAUGCAUGGACAGAAAAUCACUUACUUUCUUAGACCGUUAUGGGAAAAACCGCCCAAGCCUUUCAAUCUUAUUCGCCAUUACUAUAAUGACAAUGUUACGAUGGAGAGUCUUUGUCGACUUCAUGGUUGGGGAGUUCGUGACAAUCCAAGACGUGUUUUUGAUGCGGUGUUGUUCAGUAAUGAGUUAGAAAUACUUACCUUGCGUUGGAAGGAAUUGUACCCCUAUGUGGCUGAAUUUGUGAUUCUUGAAUCAAACUCUACAUUUACUGGAAUUCCCAAGCCUCUGGUUUUCAAAAGAUAUAGGGAGAAAUUCAAUUUUAUAGAGCCGAGAUUAACAUACGGGACGAUUGGUGGAAGAUUUAAGAAAAGGGAAAACCCGUUUGUUGAGGAAGCGUUUCAACGCGUGGCAUUGGAUCAUCUUCUUAGGAUUGCUGGUAUAACAGAUGAUGAUUUGUUGAUUAUGUCUGAUGUUGAUGAGAUACCAAGUGCUCAUACUAUUAAUCUUUUACGAUGGUGCGAUGAAAUACCGGCGAUCCUGCAUCUGCAACUGAAGAAUUAUCUCUAUUCUUUCGAGUUUCACUUGGACGAUAAGAGUUGGAGGGCUUCGGUUCAUAGGUAUGAGUCUGGUAAGACACGAUAUGCACAUUAUCGACAGUCUGAUAACAUGUUAGCAGAUGCUGGUUGGCAUUGUAGUUUUUGUUUUCGUCGAAUAAGUGAUUUUAUUUUUAAGAUGAAAGCUUAUAGUCAUUAUGAUAGAGUUAGAUUCUCUCAUUAUUUAAAUCCUGAGAGAAUACAGAAAGUAAUAUGUGAAGGGGCUGAUUUAUUUGACAUGUUGCCUGAAGAGUAUACUUUCAGGGACAUUAUUGGUAAAAUGGGUCCUAUUCGUCAUUCAUAUUCUGCAGUUCAUCUUCCUGCUUUCCUUCUGGAAAAUGCAGAGAAGUAUAAAUUUCUCUUACCUGGAAAUUGCAUGAGAGAGAGAUGACAUGGGAAAAUUAUAUAAAGGAUGUAUAUAAAAAUAAGAUUGUUUAUCUUAUAAGAAACAUUUAUGUCAUUUUCUGUUGUAAAUAUAAGUGUACUAUUUAUUAAAAUCCAAUUUAUACCCUUAUUUUGUGAAUUCUAUUUUUACC